UGACCUUUCUCGUUGAAACAAUUGGCUGGAGAUCAAUAGAUUUCUUCCCUCGGCGCCCGCAGCUAAUCGGAUCAUGGACACGGAUAUGCACACCGACGACGUCGUCGUGUCGACGAUGCAGCUGCAGCACGCUGUCGCCGCCCAGCACGCGGACGAUGACAUGGACAUGGAUGUCUCGGACGCGCCGUCGUUUCCGGCGCUGAGCGCGCAGGAAGCCGGCGGCGGCAAGAACGACUUUCGCCGUGUGCGCGUGCCGGCGCAUCGCUACACGCCGCUCAAAAACGACUGGCCCAACAUCAUGAAGCCGAUCGUGGAGCACCUCAAGCUUCAGAUCCGUAUGAACACCAAGACGCGCUGCAUUGAGCUCAAGAACAGCCCGCUGACGGAAGAUGCCGGCGCGCUUCAGAAGGGCGCCGAUUUCGUGCAGGCCUACAUGAUGGGUUUCGAAGUCCAGGACGCGGUCGCGCUCCUUCGUCUCGAAGAUCUCUUUAUCGACACGUUUGAGGUCACUGACGUCAAGAUGCUCAAGGGCGACCACUUGAGCCGCGCCGUGGGUCGUCUUGCGGGCCAGGACGGCAAGACCAAGUACGCCAUCGAGAACGCGACGCGCACGCGUAUCGUGCUUGCGGACCAGAAGAUCCACAUCCUCGGCUCGUUCUCCAACAUCAAGCUCGCCCGCGACGCGAUCUGCUCGCUCAUCAUGGGUGCGCCUCCGGGCAAGGUCUACAACAAAAUGAAGAACGUCGCCAACCGCAUGAACGAGCGCUUCUAAGCUCUUAGAGAAGAAUUGUUAUCAUUAAUAAAUACUGUAUGUAAACUGC